AGCCAGUGAGCGUCUGGAACUAGGGACUGGCAAUCAUUCAGCAGACAGUGAACCGCAGGAAAGAACCAUUGGGAACAAGGAUACAGGGUCUCAUUUCAUGAGGAGCAAGUGAGAACGAGGAACCAACGUCGGAAAAUUGGAACGCGAAGGCAAAUGUCAGCUUUCGUAGCAACCCACCCUUCGACCUGUUGGCUGGUCCCAGGUUGGAACGGUGAAAGUCAGCUCGGUCAGCUCAUCCCAUUAUGAAGCUUUUAAUGAAACAUGAAGGAAACUGAAAAUGCUGCCAUAUCGUAGCAUCUGCGCAAUAUAUGCAAAAACAAGCUGAAUCCGUCUAUCAAUCGCCGGGCAUCCGUGUGUAACAUUAACGUGUUGGUCGUUUAUCAGCAUCUUCUGAUCAGCUAAUAUAUGCACCAGCCCUUCAUAUACCUAGGUGUUAGCGCUGUCCCGCCAGCACCGCCCGGCGCCUGCUAUGACCAGCUGCUCCCGCUGCACCUCAAGUAGCCAGGCCGCCGACCGCCAUCCCCCCGGCCGCGUAGACGCAAUGCGAACUGUAGCCAACCACGUAGAGAGCAGCAAAGUAGACAUCCCGGCCAUAGUGGUCUGCAACGGUGCGGCCGGCGGAGGGGCGGCCGAGGCCGACAUGCAGAGCGAGACGACGGACCCUCUCAAACAGGAGGAGGCCGUCGAUUCGACGCAGCCGGAGAGCGUCCCGGCCCGGAACGGCACGGCGGCGGCGUCGGAGCGCGCGCCUCUGCAGCGGCAGAGCCGGAGCCUGGAGCUGCCGACGACGCGCAGCGACCACGGACCGCACACGCUGCCCAGACAGAAGAGUGCGCGACUGAAGGUGCUGAUGCGCAGCCACGCCAUGCGGGAGGAGACAUCGCCACCGCCAGACGUGGAGCUGCCUCCCCGCUACAGCCUCAGCGUCAGCCACAAGCUGCGCAAGUUCCACAGCCAGGGCAGCACCGAGGGCCGCGCCGGCAGCCCCCACCUGUCCAGAGAGUCCUCCAGCGAGGUGUACACGGACAGCAAGGGCGUGGAUGUGGAGCAGUUCCUGGUCGAGGCGCUCAACGCCAACAUCAAGGACCAGGCGCACCUGCUCAAGUACGAACAGGACAUGCUCAACUUCAUCAAAGACAACAUGCGCGCUGAGUUCCGGUUCCCGCCGCAGUCGUCCUACCAGCGCAUGCUGGUGCACCGGGCCGCCGUCUACUUCGGCCUCGACCACAACGUCGACCCCACAGGCACCUCCGUCAUCGUCACCAAGACGGAUCGCACGCGCAUCCCCGAGCACAGCUUCCGUGACCUGCUGCGUGAGGACGGCGACGAGCCGAAGCGGCUGCUGAAGCGGGACGGACUGCUGGGACACUACUCCAGGAGUUUCGACAGCCAGAGCUCGCUGGACUCUCGGCGCAGUCGGAGCUUCGAGGAGCGCGAGGUGGAGUACAGGAAGGCGCGCACGAGGAUCUUCAGCAACCAGCAGGAGCUGGACGGCGACGGCUGGCAGUCGGGCGGCGAGCGGCGCGCCGCCGCCUGGCUCGAGCCGGCCGACCCGGCGCGCCGCCAGAUGCCCAAGGCGCACUCGGUCGACCAGCCGCCGCGCUACGCCCGGCUCAAUCAGACCGACAGCGUGGAGAGCACCAACAAUCUGCGCGUGGCGGCGGCGGCCGACUCGUCGGCGAGCAGCGUGUCGCGACUGAGCCCCUCCAGCGGCUACAAGACGGCCUCGGUCAGCCAGGUGACGCUGGACUCCACGCCCUCGCCCACCUCACAGCACCAGAUGUUUGCGGAUGGGUCGGUCGCUGACACCAGCGGCGAUAAGGGCAACACAACGCCCGGCUCAAGUCCAGCCGGCUUCAGCAUAGCGCCCGCGGAUGCCACUUUCUAA